AUGAAAGCAUGUGAGCAAUGCGUUGCGCAAGAAAAGGAAUAUUUCUACGAUGCUUGGGAUCGAUGCGUCGCCUGCACCGAGAGUGGUCAUACCUGUUGGCCGCCAAUCAACCUCGAUGAACUCAUGGACAAGAUAAGAGAGCUGAGAACUCUACGGUCCGAUGCCGAACACCUCCGAAUCGUCCUCAACGACAAAGUAAUCAAAUUGAAGAGCACGCAAGAAGUAUUUGUGCAACACAAAUACGCUUUAAACCAAGCGAGCAGUGACGCAGACAGACUCUUUCUCUCACAAUUGCAAAAACAGGGGAGGUCUCAAUCGAAAGAUGUCGAAGAUGACAAGAAAAAAUACGAAAUCAUGGGUGAAUUGAUCCAGAAGAAGCUUCGAGAGAAGGAGGACAUGGCGCAUGCCCUGGCAGAUCUGGAGUUGGACAGAUUUGCGCAGGACUGUGAACAUUGUACGCGGCUGCAACAAGUCUGCAACUUUCCAACAAAUUUGCGUAUAUGUACCACAUGCAGGACUGCUGUCGUCAGGUGCACAGGCGGUUUAGAUUGGGACAGCUUCUAUUUGAUGUGGAAUGCCGUUGAUCCGCUCGACCAACAGAUUGAUGAAUAUCUGCUGAACAACCUUUCUGAUCCAGCAACGUUUCAGGAGUUGAAGAGCGACGAAGCUCGUGCAUGGAUGCUCCUACAGCCGUACUUUGGUAGGAGUGGCCUCUCGACGCAAGAGCAACAAGAAUCGUCACAUCUCAGCAAGGAACGUCAGCAGAUACGUAAAUCGCUAGAGCAGAUCAGGACUAGCAGUUUCAACGACGAUACUACCUACCAAGAGCUCUUGUCGCUGAGAGAAGUGCUCACCAUUUGUGCAAAUACUGCUUCAAGGUGGUGGAGCGAGUACGAUGUUGAGCUGGAGGAAUGGACCGGUUAUCCGACGCAGAGAGGACUGCCAGAUGUGGAAGAUAUGACGGAGGCACAAUUCCGUGCAGCUGUCGCGUGGGUGCAUGCAUUAAAGGCUCCUUCUCUUCGUUGUCAGAUUUAA